UGUGUAAACUUUGUUUUUAUAUUUAUGGUAGAUGACUCUAUUUUUACGUCAGUCAUUUAUUUAUUUGUUUUAAUUACUUAAUAUGUACCUAGAAUAUUUUCCGCUGAGAGCUGAAGCGCGUAUAUUGAUGUUUUGAUGAAGAAAAAGUUAUUUUGUUUCAAUUAGAUUUGCUUUACAAAAAUCGGAAAUGAAAUUUCACUGUGUAGUUCAUUCCCGCUUGGUAUGGAUUAUGCUUCCUUUAAAGUGUACAUUCUUAAAAUGAACUAAUGGCUACAGAAAACAUCAUUCCAGAACUUUCAUGGCUUUGUACAUUGCUUUUCUUAAUUGUUAUUGUGCUUAUCACCACUUGUGUAUGCUUCAAGGACCAUGAAAAGUCACCAGAGUAUGGUACUGCUGGACGUUUAUCAAUCACGAGAGAUUCCCCAAUUGUUCAAUAUCAGCCAAGGAAUGGAGGUACUAUAUCUAUGAUAUCUAAGCAGAGUGAUACAAGUUUAGAAGAUGGAAAUCUUAAAAGGAACUCGUGGACAGUUAAAGACAGAGCUUUGCCAGAAAUUCCAAAUUCUACCACCAAUUCUAUAAUUAGUAAUCACUCGGCUAUUUCUGAUAAUGGUCAGUGUAACACCAUGGGUACAACUACUGAGCGUGUGAAAGUUAAAAGCCAUAACAAAGCACUUGCUCCUAAACCACCCGGAAGUGACCCCUCUAAAGUGUUUCCUUUAAAUGGCUCUGCAUUAUUAGCUUCCGAAGGAGCCUCGGGGGUAACGGUUACAAUUACUGUCAAUGAUGUGCCUCAGGUAAUUGGUAACAGUGUACUAGUAUCAGAAUCAAUUUCCAAGUCUCGAAGUCCACCUGCAGCCAGUAUGCCUGGAACAUCAAAUAGUAUGGUUGUAUUGAAAAAAAUUGAGAAAGUUGAAAAUGUUGAUAAUUCAGCACAGCAGUCAACAAAUUGUGAAGUUAGUCUGUAUGAUACAGUUGCUGACCAUGUGAGAGACCGAGGUUCCCAGACUUCUGCUGCAUCUAGUCCAGUUCGAAUACAAAUUGGAAAUCCUAGUGAACCUUCCAGAGAAGGAAGUACUAGUAGUCCUUCUGCAAGUCUCGCAGUUGCUGGUGCUGUACCUUCUUCAGACAUUCCUUAUAUGACACCUCCAUUGUUACAUAAUCCACCAACAAUGUCAGCAGUUGAUCAAGUUGAAGAAAACAAUAUAGCGGGUGACCGCAGUGAAGUUCCUUACAAUGUUAUUUCAGUUCGAGAACCACUGGCUCGAGUUCGAGAAAAAACAUUAAGGAAGCAGCGUACUCCAGUGCAUCAGAAUUCUGAUGUAUCUGAAGAUCAUUAUGCAGUUCCUGAAGAAGAACAAAUGUAUGCAGAAAUUGGCUCAGGCCAUGAUUCUGGGUCUUCGUCCAUAACUUACGCACAUAUUGAACCACGCGAACUCCCACCGGUGCCUCCUACAGUGGAAAGCCUUAAAUCAGUUGCUCAUGCUCAUAGUAGGCAAGCUUCCUCAGUUUCAACAUCAUCUUUUGGUAGCUGUAUUUCAAAUCCAGGAGAACCUUCAUCUCCUCCAGUUCUUCGUAAUCCUUCUACCUCUCUCUAUUCUACUGUAGAAAAAAGUAAUAAACAGCGAAAGACCAUUCAUAUAGCUGAAGGUGCUAGUCUAGUAACUACAGAUGAAAAGCGCAAAAAAGUGGAAGACUUGUAUGCAAAAGUGCGCAAAAAAAGAGUUGAUAUGACUAUAAAUAUUUCUGAUUCUGAUGAUUAUUUUUCUCAUCCAAGUCACAUUGCAUACUCGACAGAAGGUGCUGAAUGUAUGACUCCACCACCAUCUCCAUGGGCUUCAACAACUCCACCUGCUCCUCCUCCCAUUGCAGGAAGACUACAAGCAGCUUCUCUUGGUGUCCUUUUACCAAGUCAUUCUCAACAUAUCCGUAGACAUUCUGCUGAUCCCAACCUUCCUGAUAUCAUAAAUGAGAAUAGAGUAUUUUGUAGUAGCACUCAUAGUUCAUUAUCUGUUUCAAAUAAAGAUCUAGAGGAGCCAGAUUAUGAAAGAAUAUACAAUGAGGAAAAUAAUUCUGGUGAUUCUUGUUAUGAAAAAAUUAAAGAAGAAGCAAGUGCAGUGGACACAGAAACUGGAUACGAUGAUUUUCGUCAUUCAGAUGUAAAUCAUCAGAGGGAUUCAAAUUACCCUGGAUAUGAAAUUGUUAAGGACUCAGUCGAGGAUGAUGACUCUCUUGAUCCUGGAUAUGAAUGUGUGGCUCAGUCCACCUCUGAAAACGAUCCAGGUUAUGAACCGGUGAGGAUUUCAGGAAAUUUUGAAGACAGUGAUUCAAAUUCAGACUACACCGUAGUUAAAUUAGAUGACAGUAGAGAACCAGAUUAUGAACGAGUGAAAAAAGUGCAUCGAUCUGAGAGUGAUGCAGCCGAUCCUGGGUAUGAAAAGAUAAAAAAGGUACUUAGGACAGGAAGUGAUGCAACUGAUCCUGGUUAUGAACGUGUGCAAAAUAAAAGCUCAGACAUAGUUGAUCAUGGCUAUGAAACAGUUCAGCGGUCAGAUAGUGACACAGAUCCAGGAUACGAAAGAGUGCAUAAAGAUAAUGAUUCUUCUAAUGGUCAUUCUGAUCAAAAUUAUAAAAACUUGAAUAGUCAAAGUCUGCCCAUUCAUACUGCUAAUAGCACUGUUUUAUUUGUGUCAGGUAAAUCUGAAAAGUCUAAACAGGAUAUAUGUGAUGGUGAUUAUGAUAAAACUUCAAAUUCUAGCAUAACUAGUUUAACUUCCUUGUAAUAUAUUCUAGAGCCAAGUUGUGUGUUUUCUGUGCUUUCUUGUAAUUAUUUUAUUUGUUGCAACACUUUUUGUUAUUUUAAUUGAAAUUUUAUUUCUUUAUCUUGUUCUUAAUAAUAUACUUUUUAUUAUUAAUGUGAAGUAUUUUGAUAGGAGCAGAAGGAAUAUGAUAUUCUGACAGAAUAUAGAAUUUUGGAACUGGUAUUUUACAUGUAAAUUAAUAGUAGUAUUUAUUUUAGUAAGUAGUCUAUUACUAUAGAAAGAGAAAGAUUUUUAUUUUGAAAAUCAAUGAGAGAGAUCAAAAUAUGUGUGAUUGUAGAGUUACUGUGCUACACUAAAGAAAAUGGAGUAGAUAUGAUAUGCAAGUUUAUUUUUACAGCACUGUGCAUUUUGUUUUGUUAUUUUUUGGCAUAUUUUAAAUGAGAUCAUCUGGCAUGCUGUUGCUUUAUAUGUAAAUCGUUACAGUGGUACAGCUCUUAAUAUAGUGAAUUUUUCAUAUGUUUUUUAAAAAAUUUCUUAAUUGCUUCAGUAUUAAUAUACAUGUAUGAACUACUUUUUCUUAAUUAAUAUGGUGCAGUAUGUAAAUAUUUGUGAUGCUUUGACUAUGUAUGAUGCUUUACAAUACCUGAAGCAUUUUUUUUUUUUUUUUUUUUUUUUUUUAAUAUUGAUGAGUUUUUAGUUGCAUUGUUCAUUUGAAGUGUCUGAAGUGGAUAUUGUAAAAAUUCAUCUGUAUUUUUCCCUAGUGCAUUCCUUAAAUAAAUAUGUAAGUUUAGUAAGAUUAUUGUCAUCAUCUGGCAUGCUGUUGUUUUAUAUGUAAAUGUGCACUUUCAUUUAAUUACUGCAUCUUUGCAAUAUGUGAAAGAUUUGUAUUGCAUGUGUUAUAUAAAACAACUUCAAGAAAUUUAAAUUUCCAGAAUUACAUAUAUUAAUAUUCUUAACCAUAUAAAACCAGUAGGAGACUUUCUGUUUAUCUGCAUCUUCCUGAAAAGUAUUCAUGAAGCAGUUUUUUUUUGUCACCGGAAUAGGCAACCUCUAACAUCACCAAAAUGUAUUCAUACUAAAAACCCAGAUAUGCAUGUGUGCAUUGGGUAGAUUUUCUCCCACCUUGUGAGAAAUUUGAAUGGGACUAUAGAGUUUGCCAGUGGAUUAAAAAAAAUAUCACUGUGUGUAUGGGAAGAAUGACAGUGUAUGCAGUACCUUGUGCACCGUCAUGAGUUUCUGCAGUUCUGUGAUUCUUUUUUUAAAGCUAAAACAGAUCGCUAUAUGCAUGGACAAAACAGCGAUAAAAAGGGUAAAUCUUUUAUUAUGGAUAUUUCGUCUGUUUUUAAGUUUGUGCUAAUUGGUUGUUGUUUUACGUAUUUCUGAAUGUGCAGUUAUUUUUGAAAAUGUUUGUUGUAUUUCGUGCCCUAGUCUAGCAAAAUAUUAGUCACCAAGGGUUGGCAACUUUUCAGGAAGUGGAUAUGGGUAAUCAUAGCUUAUCAAAAAUAGUCAUGAAGUCAAACAUUGUUUCAUAUAAAUAAGUAUUAUAAUUAUAUACUUAUUGAAAAAAAAAUUUUGCAGUAAUAUUUAUUUCUGUUAAGUUUUAAAUCAUGAAAAUUUCUUAUAAACUUUUUCUUUAAAUUAUUCCUUUAACUUUCUUUUUUUUUAAUGAAUAACUGAAUUUUUAAUGAAUUCAUAAUUUAAUUUUUUUAAUUAAGUAGAUAAAGAAUUGACAUUUCAUGUGAAAAAAUACAUAAAAACUCUGUUCCAGCCAAACCAUCUGCAAAAAUAAAAUAUGCAGAGUGGAACUUUUCAGUAUUUAAUUGGAUUACCUAUUAAGACAUUUCUGGAAAUUUUUAGUUG